GGCUGUUUUGGGGUCUCUCUGGUUCUCCCCCUUUCUCCCCCAGACGUGGAUGAGCCGGAGGAUUACACGGAGUGCAGCGAUGGGUACGAGUGGGACCAGACCGAGCACUGCAAAGACGUGGAUGAGUGCUCAGGGGGUCCCCCCCCGUGCCGGGGGUCCAUGAAGUGCCUGAACCAUUUCGGGGGGUACCUCUGCCUGCCCCGCUCGGCCGCGCUGCUCAGCCCCGCCCCCGGACCCGCCCCGGCCCCGCCCCUCCGCCUCAAGCCCGCCCCUCCGCCGGCCCCGCCCAUCGACGGGCGCUGCCCCCGGCUACGGCCCGCCCCAGACGGCACCUGCACAGACGUGGACGAGUGCCUGGGUCCCCCGUGCCGGCCCAGCCAGGAUUGCAUCAACACCCGGGGGCUUGAGUGCCGCUGCCCCCGGGUACCGGCCACCCGCAGCACCGAGUGCGUCGAUGAAGAUGAGUGCCAGUUCCGCUGGUGCCAGCACAGCUGCGCCAACUCCCCCGGUGCCUUCUCGUGCCGCUGCCACCCCGGCUUCAGCCUCGGCCCCGACGGCCGCUCCUGCCUCGAUGUGGAUGAGUGCUCGAUGGGCGCUCGCUGCUCCCAGCGCUGCCUCAACACCUUCGGCUCCUUCCGCUGCCGCUGCCGCCCCGGCUUCGCCCUCGGCCCCGACGGGAGCUCCUGCACCGAUGUCGAUGAGUGCCGGGGGGUCUCGUGCCAGCACCGCUGCCAGAACCUCCCGGGGGCUUCAGCUGCCUCUGCCCCCCCGGCUACGGCCACAGGGGGCUCUGCCAGG